AUGAAUCCUCAUGGGUUUCCAAGUCGAAUGACAGUUGGAAAGAUGAUAGAGCUUCUUGGAGGGAAAGCAGGGGUUUCAUGUGGUAGAUUUCAUUAUGGCAGUGCUUUUGGGGAAGAAAGUGGCCAUGCUGACAAGGUUGAAACCAUAAGUGAAACUCUUGUGAAACACGGCUUCAACUACAGUGGGAAAGACUUCAUUUAUUCAGGUAUUACGGGUUGCCCAUUACAAGCAUAUAUUUUUAUGGGGCCAAUAUACUAUCAGAAAUUAAAACAUAUGGUGCUCGAUAAGAUGCAUGCUCGUGGUAGUGGCCCUCGUACCCUGCUAACUAGACAGCCUACAGAAGGGAGAGCUAAAAAUGGAGGUCUAGAGUUGGAGAAAUGGAACGUGAUUGCUUAA